UUACGUUCUUUAGUUCGUUCCUGAACCCCGUCGACGUUAUAACACUGUGCGCGUGCAGAGCGCUAAAUUUCAGAUUACCGUAUUUCGUGUUUUAAAGAAUAAACCGCAAGAAUCCAUUCAAAAGACUGACAUUGCUUAAAUUUUAAGCAGAGGCUUUUGAAAAAAAAAAGCUCAAGAAAUACAACACAUUGCAGGGAUGGGGUACGGCACCGAAAUAGACGGCUGUGGCCGGUUCAUGAAAUAUUCUUUAUUCUUCACGAACUUUGUAAUCUUCCUUGGAGGAGCAGCUAUCGCUGGACUUAGCAUUUGGUCUCUCGUAGACAACGUUGCAUGGAUCUCAGAACUUAUUGGAACAAAUCUGUUGACGGGGGCUGUAUACGUUUUGCUCGUCGGUGGCGUAAUCGUUGCCCUCGUAUCUUUCUUGGGAUGCGUCGGAGCAUCAAGGGAAAUCAAGUGCAUGCUUUUGACCUACUUCAUCAUUGUCUUUCUGCUGUUCGUUACCGUUCUUAUUGGUGGAGUAUUGGGAUACGUAUUCCGUGAAAAAGUGAAGACGAGUAUCGAACAGGACAUGAAGAAUACGAUGCGCUUAUACGAUAAACGGACGCAAAUGAGGGAGGCCUGGGAUGUCACUCAAAGAACUCUCCAUUGUUGCGGUGUCAAUAGCUGGAGGGACUGGGGAGAUGUUGGUCUUAAUGUGCCAGAAAGUUGCUGUAGAGAAUCAUCACCUGGAAAGUAUUUCGCUUGUAACCAAGGUUCUGACUCUGUCGUUGCGACAAACGCAUACCUCAUAGGCUGCCUGAAUGGAACACAAAUUUACGUCCAAAAACAUGCAGCCAUUGUUGGAGGAGCUGGUAUCGCUGUAGCCUGUUUAAUGUUCUUUGGGAUGGUGUUCUCUUGCGCUCUAUUUAAAAUGAUAGAAUGACGCCAGGACGACUACGUCCUUUGAAGGAGAAUGUUUGUUUCUCAGAAGGAGAAAUAUCUCAACCUACCGAAUAUAUAAGAUGUAUUCGUAAUAUUUUUAGUAUUACGGUGCCCAUUUUCACAAAAAUCGUCAUACCUUAUUAAUUAUAAUUACAUACACAUACUUUCAAAGUUUAGUAUUUAAUUUCAAAUCACAUUAUUAUUAUUAAUAUUUAUAAGGAUCAAUAUUGCUUGAUUUUAUUUUUUUUAAAUCAAGAUAAUGAUAUAUAUUUUUUUCAUACUUCGCACUAUGAUAACAUAAUACGAACAUUAUUCAAUGUUAAUAAUAAAUAACGUCUUUACUUUGAAACAUGCACAUUUAUAUAUAAUAUCUUGCCACCUCAUACAUGAUUUAAGCUAGAUAUUGUAAUAAUUUAUAAAUGACAUCCCAGUACGUGUUGUGCAUAAUGUAUGUCAUUAUAUACAUCAAAUAUUUAUACAUAAAAAACUGCACAGCAAACCCAUUCUGUAGAAUGUUUCAAACAUUCAAAUAAAGAAAAAGUCCUUCGUA